ACAUUACCCAGAAGCGCCUUUAAGAGGCGGGGACAGGGCUUGCAAGACUUGCCGGGGUUUUUAGGAGGAGUUUGAUAUACUUGCGUUUUUGGUGCUCGUGGGGUGAGUGAAAGUUAAUGUCUCCCAUUUUGUUGUGUAACAGCAUUUAUAAAAAUAUAUAUCAAUAACGUUUUAUAGACUUAUUACGUGUAAUUCAAACGUAACGAGUACUAUAGGGUUGGUUCAAUGUGUUAGCUACCAUAUUGAUAACCUAACCUAAUGUUUAUCAGCUCUACUAUCCUCGUUGUUAAUUAGCUGUCAAUAACAUAUUAGUGCAAAUAACUAAUACUUUGUCAAAUGGGGGUUUUGAACUUGCUAUCAACCACAUACCACAAUGUAGUCGUAUACAAUAAGCACUAAAAAUGUUCAUACAGAAGUGCUAAAUGUAACCUAACUUAUUUCUUUAUUGCAGCCACGUUUUCUCUGACCACCUGUCUGUGCAAACAGGUCUCUGAACAUCACAACAAUGUCCUCUGAGAGCAACUUGUAAGUCCUCAAAUAUAUGACUUUUUGGCGAGAUACAUUUUAAUACAUUUAGAUUUUUGGUGCUGGUUCUUUAUCAGCAGAAUUUAUACAAUCAGAUUUAAUUCCUAGGGAUGAUGAGGAUACCUUCAAGAUCUUAAUUGCUACAGAUGUUCACCUUGGCUACCUUGAGAAGGACGCUAUCCGAGGCAGCGACUCUUACACCACAUUUGAUGAGAUCCUACAAUGUGCCAAGGCAAAUCAGGUAUGUGCAGACUGAUCAGUUUGUGUGUGUAUUUUAUUAUUAUAUAUGUCUGCUUUGAUUUAUCCUAAAUCUGUGCCUGAUCUGAACACCUUUUUGCUUGCAGGUAGAUUUCAUCCUGCUGGGCGGGGAUUUGUUUCAUGAAAACAAGCCCACUCGCCGAUGCCUGCAUAGCUGCAUCACUAUGCUGAGACGAUACUGCAUGGGGGACACGCCAAUACAGUUUGACAUUAUCAGUGACCAGAAAGUCAACUUUAACACAACCCAGUCAGUUCAGGCUGCAUUUGAGUUUUCACCCUAUCAAAUCUUUGAAGACUCAUUGAAUGACUGUUAUAUUGAUGCUGGUGUGUUUUAGGUUCCCCUGGGUAAACUAUCAGGAUGAAAACCUAAACAUCUCGAUUCCAGUGUUCAGCAUUCAUGGUAAUCAUGAUGACCCAACUGGGGUAAGUUUGUUAAAGACAAAAAUAUGAACUGGACAUUACUCAUUAUCUAAUCUGAUAUUUUUAAGUUUGUUUUUAAUACCAUGUUACUUAAUGUUUCUCAAGGCUGAAGGUCUGUGUGCGUUGGACCUGCUCAGUGCCUCUGGUCUUGUUAAUCACUUUGGUCACUCGACCUCAGUGGAGAAGGUUGAAAUCAGUCCAGUACUGAUGCAGAAAGGUAGCACCAAGCUGGCCCUCUAUGGUCUUGGUAAGCAUGCAUUUUUUUGUGUUUAUUGUUUGUUUGUAUUGUCCCAGGAUUCAAUUUGAAACACUGUUUGACGCUCAAUUUUGUGUUUGUGUAUGUGUGAAGGUUCUAUCCCAGAUGAGCGUUUGUACAGGAUGUUUGUCAACAACCAGGUGACCAUGCUUCGACCUAAAGAAGAUCAAGAUGAAUGGUUUAACCUCUUUGCCAUCCACCAGAACAGGUGUGUGUCUCAAUGUGUAUUUUGUUGUCUAAUUCAUACACACAUAAGAGUUGUUUGACAGGAGAGAGGACGUGUGUCAUGUAUGUAAUCAUUGAAUAAUGUGUUAUUGUGUAUUGGGUUUGUUAAAUCCUAACUGAUGCCUUCUAGAACUAGUUCAGGUUUGUGAAUGUAGGCUGUCACCUCAUCUUGUAUUUUUACCUCUGUUUUGUCUGUGGUUUUUCUAGGAGUAAACAUGGACCUACUAACUACAUUCCUGAACAGUUUCUGGAUGAAUUCCUUGACUUGGUGGUUUGGGGUCACGAGCAUGAAUGUCUGAUAACGCCUACAAGAAAUGAACAACAGCUCUUUUAUGUGACACAGCCCGGCAGCUCUGUAGCCACGUCCCUGUCCCCUGGAGAAGCAACUAAAAAGUACAAACGGACAUGGACACAGUUUUUGUGCUGCGAGUAUGUUUUAAAAAGUUCUAGAAAUUAAUCCUUUCUCUUUGUGUGAAUGUAGACACAUAGGACUGCUGAGAGUGAAAGGUCGUAAGAUGAACCUGCAGAAGAUCCCGCUGAAGACGGUGCGUCAGUUCUACAUCCAGGAUGUGGUGCUGGCUGAUUACGAAGACUGUUUUACACCUGACACACCACAAGUCACAAAGAAAGUGGAGAACUUGUGCUUUGCAAAGGUAACUGUUAAAGUUACAAUCAAACCAAGUCAGGCUAAAACCUCUUACUCUAUUAUUUGACCUUUCUGGUCCUCGAUCUGUCCCAUUAAAAUGUCUCCCUCGGUCUUUAUGUAGGUCACAGAGAUGUUAGAGGAAGCUGAGAGAGACAGACUCGGGUGUCCACUCACUCCAGCGAAACCUCUGAUUCGCCUGAGGGUAAGAUGGUCCCAGACUAAGCAUUUGCACAAAUCUUUGUAAUAAAGUUUAGUUAAAUUUAAUCAUUUCUAUCGCUUCUCCAGGUGGACUACAGCGGGGGCUUUGAGGCGUUCAGCACUGCACGCUUCAGUCAAAAGUUUGUUGAUCGUGUAGCGAAUCCAAAAGACCUCAUUCAUUUUCUCAGGAAGCGUGAGCAAAAGCAGGAAAUCAAAGGUCAGACAGCGGCUAAGUACAAUGCUGUGGCUCUGUCGUGUAAACCAUAGAUUGAUGUACAGUAUUGCUUUAAUUUGACACAUUUGAAUCUUUGUGUUUUCCAGAUGAAGUCAACGUCGACUACAGCAAAAUAUUGAAAACCACAGCAGUUGAAGGGCUGAGAGUGGAGGAUCUGGUUAAACAGUACUUUGAGACAGCUGAGCAGGUGCUCCACACACCCUGAUCUACAUUUACGAGCAGCCAUUACACUUACAUUCAUAUCUUGUUACUCAAAAAGCACAUGUAUAUAUCUUUGCAGACGGUGCAGCUGUCCCUUCUGACAGAGCAGGGCAUGGGCAAGGCCAUUCAGGAGUUUGUGGACAAAGAUGAGAAAGAUGCCAUCGAGGAGCUGAUCACAUAUCAGCUGGAGAAGACACAGCGUCACCUUCAGGCCAGAGGAGUAACCACAGAGCAGGACAUAGACACAGAGGUAAGGGAAAUGGGCUCACACUGAAAAUCUGGCAGUCUAAGCCAAUGUAAUAAUAAUAAUAAUAAUAAAAUUGCAUGGUUUCACAUUUUCAGAUUCAAAAAUUCAGAGACUCCAAAAAGAACACGACUGAAGAGGACAAUGACAUCAGAGAGGUAAGUAGUUGGUGCGAGAGGUCUGAAACGCUGUCUUGUCUGUUUUUUUUAAUAUGUGUGUUUGAUCCCUCCUUUCUUUCAGGCUAUGAGCAGAGCCAAAGCUCACCGUAUGGAGCGUGGCGAUGAUGACCCUCUAGACCAGGAAACAUUAAAUGAUCUUGCCGAUGUAAACAUGGACUCUGAUGACGACUCAGUCCCAGCCCCUACAACUCGAGGCAGAGGGCGAGGGAGCAGAGGACGGGGGAGCCGGGGCAGGGGGAGAGGUGAGGUUAUCAGAUUAUUAGUUGCAAUUCGAAUAUGAAAGACAAAUAGGUACAGCUUAAGUUUGUCUAAGAGCUUUUCUUUUGAUAUUUAGGUGUGGUGCAAGCUAAUGACUCACUGCAAAUACAACACUAAGUGCCUGAGGACCAUUUUACUCUUAUAUUAGAGCGGCUGCUUGGAAAACUACUGUGCUGAAGUGAAAGUUUAUGUCAUUUUGAUGAAGGGACAAUGGUUAAAUUUUAAAACAGGGAUUUUUUAAGAAGAGCAGUUGUGCACAAGAUAAAACCUCUUUCUUGGACUUUGUGUGGCCUAGUGACGGUCAAAUCAUUUGUUGUAAUGUGGCAAAGUAGAGAACUACUACAUUCAUGUUGUGCAGUUCCUCAUUCUGACCCCUUUCUAUUUUCCAUCAAGGUGCGGCUACCUCCGAUCCAAAGCCAGCCAGUCGGAGUCGCUCCACUAAAUCCACAGCACCAACACAAAAUAGAAGCAUUCUUCAGGGUAGGAGAGUGUGAGUGUAUGUGUGUGGGUGUGAUGAUCCAGGGACACUCUGGUUAAUUUUAGGUUUACAGCGCUAAUAAGUCACGCAGAGGCUUUGCAGAGAAGGUGCAGAAAUCUCAUCUCAUCAGUGUGUGAAUCUGUUUUUCUCUUCUGUCUGUUCUCUGUCGCUUAUUCAGCAUUUCAAGCUUCAACCCAGAGAUCAUCUCGGGCCAAAGUCUCCACGUCUUACCAAGCAGAUGAAGUAAGUGAAAAAGGCCACUCAUUCACAUUAAAACCACAUGUCCUUGUCUUAUUUAAGCUCUAACACCUUAUCCUCUUAACCUCUUAACCUCUUUUCCAGGUGACUAUUGAUGACUCAGAUGAAGACAUACCAGUGACGAAGACCACCCGACCCCCUGCAAAGUAUGUUUGUUUUAAAUAGCAGCAUAGGAGUGAUUAUUUCUCUCUGUUCUUCUCUCUGCUCUGUAUUUGAACUGUUGUGUCUUAUCUUUGUGUUCCCUUAGGCCAGCAUCUUCAUCGUCAUCAUCAUCCUCCUUCUCAAAGUAUGGCUCUCAGAGUCAGAGCCAGUCGACCAGAGGAGUUGCAUUCGAUGACAGUGAUGAUGAAGAGGUGAGGAAUAAAACAAUAUCCCUUUUUGUCACAUGGGAUCACUGUCUCACCAUAGAGCGUUUUCUUUCUGGAUGUAUCCCUGAAACGAAGAUUUUUAAAUCCUUUUUUGUUUUGUUUUUCUUUUCCAAACAGUUUGAUCCGUUCAAAGGCUCCAGUCGUGGUUCAAGAAGAUAAGUGGAGGCGCCUGUACUCGAAAUCUUCUCAUGAGCAAAUGAGCUGCUGCAAUUUAGUUCUGACGGACUGUAUAGUGAGAAUGUUCUCCAUCAGUCUUAGUCAUGUUUACGAUCAUUAAUGAAGUUGAUCAGCUCCAGUUACUCCUGUUCAAACGUUUCAGUCAGUCUGUUCUGGUGAAAGAGCUCCUCUGUAUGCCUAAGUCGAGCUGAACAGAUCAUAGCCAUCCCCUUAACCUACCAGUAGGUGGAGCACAAGCUGCUUGGUUUGUCAUUGCCUGUUGUUGUUCUCUGAGAUUCAGGGUAUAAUAAAUGUGUUUCUUUUUUUCAUAAACAAACAAA